UCACAGACUGAGAUGGGGGGAGGUGGGGAGCGAGCGUGGGGGCAUCACUCCGUGCUGGCCGUGCUGGGUGUGCGAUGCCUCUUCCACGUCCGGCAGACUCGCGAGCGGGAGCUGAGUCUGCUGUCACUGCUUGUCAGUGUCAGGGGGGGAUGCGGCUGGUGUUCGAGGGAUGAGAUCACAGGAGGGCUGGGGAGAGGGGAAGGAGGCGGGUGGCCAGGCUGGGCAGCGCAGGACGAUGGAGGCUGAGGGGCAACUCCACGGGGCCCUCAGGCCUGGAGGACCCCAGGAGGGAGGUGAGGGCUGAGGGCCAGCCAGGGGCCUCCCCCAGAGCUGCUGGGAGGGUGGGGGCUCAAGAGGAGCCCUGGAGUUGGCCGAGGGGAGGGUAGACAGUGAGGAAGGGCAGAUGGUAAGUCACCCCCUUCAAGAAGGGUGUUUGCACUUUACAGUUUACAGACACCUGCCCUCUGCUGCUCACUUUUGCAGCAUCCCCACUUUAUGGAGGGGAUUCAGAGAGGCCAAGGUAUUUUCCCAAAGCCACACAGCCCAUGGGUGAAGUGUUCUCAGACUUCCUGGGUCACAGUCCCUUUUGAAUGCUGUGACCCUUCCCUGAAAAAUACACAUAGGCAUCAUAUGCAUACACUAAUUUUAAAACUUUUCAUGCAUUUUUCCCCUCUAGAUACAUUCAUAUGGUUCUAAAAUUAAAAAGACACAAACAGGAAUAUGGUGAGAACCCUUCCUCCCACCCUGUCCCCAGCCGCCUGCUUUCCGUCCCCAGAGACAGCCAGUGUCGCCAGUUUCCUGGGUCUCCGUCCACAGACAAGCAGAGAUAAGCAAAUAUGUGUAUCUAUAAAUUUCUCCCCUCUCCCUUUUUACACAAAUGGAGCUAUAUACUCCCUGCUCACCACUGCUGCCUUUUCUCGCUUAAAAACACACCUCGGGGACCCGCAUUGCUCCUUCCACGCUGUCUCGGCGCCACAGAUGGGCAUUUGGGCCACUUCCCGGUGACGACCUGCGGCAGGUGAGGCUGCCUCAUGCCCCACGUGUGUGGCUGUCUUGGGCUGCAGUGCCGGGCCGCGGGUGGUGGCACUUGGUGGCCUCUUCCUAGUAGCCGGGAGCAGGGAGGGAAGCCAGGCGGGAGCUCAGCCCCCCCUGCUCCCAUGCCUCUGCUGGGCGGGUGGAGCAUUUCAGGGAGAUCCUGUGCGUGUGGUGUGAGCCGAGGGCAUUGGCCCCAACCCCCGAAUUUCUGGGAGACACGCCACCACGGCCAGCAGCCCCACCGCCUGGGCCGGGUCAGCUAUGGGGGGGCAGACGUGGGCUGGGCUGCACUGAGGUCACCUCUGCUCCUGGACCCCCAGCACCUCCCGCCUCACCCCAUGAGCCCAUGAAGAGUUUCCACCCUUUCUGGCUGCCGGAGUGAGGGACUCUCUGGCUGCAGGAGAGGAGAAGUGGCCGCAGGUGGUCUGGGCUGGGCAGGGCCAACCUGGGGACUCUGCUCACAGCUCCCUCCCCACUUCAGAGGCCUCGCUGCCCUGCUGUGGCCGUCGCUCUCUGGGUGCUCGGCCUCCGCCAGCUUUGCAGUUUCUCCUCCACCUUGGGUUGUCGAGGCUUCGUCUGAGACCCUCUCCUCUCCUCAUUCCACACCCUUGGCCCAAGUGGGGUCACCUACUCCCACAGUGUGACGUGUCAUCGGGUGUUCACAAUCGAACGCUCCCGGCCCCGCCCAGAUCUGUCUUGGAGGCUCAGGGCCUGACAGCCAGUGGGCGUGUCUGCAUCUGGCCUCUCCUAGGCCACACUAGAAACUGUUGCUCCCUAAACCUGGUCCUCUGCCCGUCUCUACCGUUACCUGUCACUCUUCCCACCCCUUCGCCCACCUCCAUCUCCAACUCACCGCCAAACCCUGGGGACUCUUUGUCCCAAACGUGUCCAAAUCCAUUUCCUUCUCUUGAGCCCCUCUGCCACCAUCCUGGCAGCUCCAGCCACCAUCGCCAUCAUCCCCUCUCUGGCAGCGUCCUGCUCUGGCUGUGCCCCGCACGACAGCCACAGAGACCCGCCUCACCAUCUCAUCGCAGUGACCGCGGGUGCUCAGACGGUGCAGGCCUCAGAGGCCGGGCGAGGGCGGGCACCACUGGGACCGUACUGGGGUGUUUUAUUUCCUGGGCCUGGUGGUGGAUGCACAGGGCUUGUAUUAUUCCCGAUUCCUGUUUGUCUUAAAGAUUUCACUGGAAAAUCAAAACGACCACACCAGGCAAAACCUGUCAGCUGGGCCUCUGCUUCCUGCGGCCCUCGCCACCCCCUGCCGUCUGGGCUGCCGGGCCUCUUGCUCACUCCACGGCGGCAACCUGGCCUCGCUGUAGGUUCUCAACACACAAAACUUCUGGAAUGUUCUAUAUCCCGAUUUCACAUAGACACAUAGCUCUCCCGAAUGACUCACUUGCUCCUCAGGUCUCAGCCUAAACGUCGCUCGCUCCCAGAGGCCUGCGGAGACCCCAGCCAGUCCCCUGUCCUCUCUCGCUUCAUCUUGCACUUUUCCUUCAAACCGAUUAGCACGACUUCCCACUGCCUGCUGUGCGGACGCCCUGUCUCCGUCUCCGCGGCGCGUCUCUCCCCAGCGGACCGGAGCGGGCUGGGCCUGUGGCCCGCGCUGGCCCAGGCCAGUGUCAGUGAGCGUAACUGGCCCGUGACUUUGGAGGAGGAGCAGGGAAGCACAGCGGGUCCCUGAAGCCACAGUGAGGUGGGGGUGGCAGCCCACCACCACAGAGGGGCCGAUGCUGUUCCGGAAAAGAGAAGGCAUUGGGGACCCACCCUCGCCUUCCGAUCCCUGCAGGGAAGAGGGGACAGGUUCUUGUUGGGGGGGCGGGAAGCUCUCCAUUGGGGGCAGGGGCCAGGCGUCAGCAGUGACACAAAGGAUGCACCUGUGGGUCGGAGCAGGUGGCCUCUGGAUCGUCCAGCACCAGCCCCUGAGACUUGGCCCUGACACUCUGGGGAACUUGCUUGUCAGCCCAGUGGUUGGGGGCCGGGUGGGGUGCAGAGUGGGAGGAAGGAGCCUGUUCACCUCUCACUGCUCAAGCCUGAGUGGAGCCCAGACUGGCCAUGUGUCCAGGCUCUGGCUGGACCCAAAUUCAGGAACCUGGUCCUGGCUCCCACGAUCCAGUCCUCUGUCCCCAGGAGGAUGAUGUCACAGCACAUGGCACAUAGUAGGGCUUGAUAAUGUUUAUCAAGUGGGAGCAAGCAUGCAGCAUGACAGUGUUUCUUCGAGGCAGGAGAGCUGCUUGCUUCCUCACUGUGCUCUGGUGCCGACUGCCCGGGUCCAAAUCCUGGCUCUACUAUCAAUGGGCUGUGUGACCUUGGGAAAGUUGCUGGACCUCUCUGUGCCUUGAUUUUCUUCUAAAAUAGGAAUAAUAGUGACCUCUUCUGAGGUCAGUGUGAAGAUGAUAGGAAUCGAUCAGUGUAAAGCACUCAGACGGUGCCGGUGCAGAGGAAAUGCACGCUAAAUGCUCAGAUGCUCUGCGUGGAUUUUGCAAUGUCACAAAGUCGGCCAGUGGGGGAGGGGCUAGGUGUGUCGUGGGACUGCGGGGUCCAGAAGAAGGAGGGGAACAGCUUUACUGAGCAUCCACUGUGUGGCACGCACCUGCGCGACAAUCCGGAUCUGACCCUCAGGGCCAGCCUGCAGGUAGUCGUUGCUGUGUUCCUCUUACACAUGGAGGCACUGAGGCCCGGAGAUGGCAGUGACCUGCCAGAGGCAGGCCGGAGCCCCAUCGUGGCCCAGCUCCGUGUGACUCUGAGCGCUGCCUCUGCCCACUUGCUCCCCAGUGCAGUGUUGGGACAAACUGACGGGGCUGUGUGACAGGUGCUGGGUGGGCUCUGGGAUGCUGCACCUGAAAUUCAGGGGAAGAAUCAAGAGGCAGCAGUGUUCAGCCUUGGGAGUGACACACGCCCCGAUCGAUCACUCACCCUGUUGGGCACGUGAUGUGCACGAUCCAUUUAUUCUCAUUACAAUCUUAUGAAGUAGGCUCUAUUAUUAGCUUCACUUAAAGAUGCGUGCAGGGACCAGAGAGGUUAAGUAACUUGUCUAAGGUCACACUGGCAGAAAGUGGUAUAGAGACUCCAAGUUGAAGCUGCUGCACCUGGAGGGGAAGACGUGGGCUCUCCAGAUUCAUGAAGAGGAGGGAGGCAGACCCCAGGGGACAGGGGCCUGCAGGGCCUGCGGAAGGCCAUGGGCGGGUGGGAAUGCCCUGCCAGUUUCUCUUGUAGCUAGGCCUGUCCUUGACCCCAUUUACUCUCAAACAGCACAGCUCAAACAGCCAUGGGCCUGGGUGCUUGAGUCCUUUUCCUCCCUGCAAAGUCCCACAUGUUACAGCAGAAAGUCACCCCCCAAACCCACAACCAGACAGUCCAGGCCUCGGAGCUGGAGAUGGGGCAGACCCUGAGCCGCUCAAGGGCUGGGAAAUGGGCAACGGUGUUGAUGAAGUCUGCCCGUUCCCCAGGGAAAUCCUCCCACCCUGCAGGACCCCUCCUGGGUGCACUGAGUUACCCCCUCGGCCCUGCCCAAACGCCCGACUGCCCCAACUGCCCCGAGCUGGAGCUUCGGCCUCCCCUCCCAGGCCCAGCAGAGGCUCGGGGAAUGAGGGGCUGAGCAGACUCAGGAACAGCCAUGAUGUCCCGCCUUAGUUCGGACUCUGCGCUGGGCGCCUCGUUCCAUGACAUCUCCCCACUCUCCGGCCAGGAGCAGUUAUGCCCCCAUUGGGCAAAAUGGGAAAGGAACAUCUGGCCACGGCUGUCAGUGGUGGAGCCAGCAGUGGAAGUGGUUCCCCAGCUCCCUGUCCCUGUCCAGGGUCCUAGCCAUCACUGUCAUCUUUGUCAUCAUCUGUGUUUCCCUGCAGUGCACCUGACAGCGGCAGGUGCUGCUGUGGGGAGCGCGUGUGCCUCACGAGUGGCCUGGUGACACAGGUGCUCUUAACAUCAUCCUGUGUUGCAGAUGAGGAAACUGAGGUCCAAGGAGGACACGUUAGGAGGUGACAGAGCUGCGACGGAGCCGGGCUUUGCCACCCCAAACACAUGGGUGUUAGCACGUUCUUUCAUGAAGUUGGACAGAAGCUGAGCGGGUUGACAGGCAGUGAGGGGCUCAGGGGAGCAGGGCCCAGCGGCUGAGCCGGGGAGGGCGUGGAGAGCUGCGGGGGCCGGGGCCUGGCGGGGGGAGUCCGGGCAACCAAGCUGAGCAGGGCACUAUGGCAGGGGAGGGCGGCCCGAAGCCACAGGCUGGGGACCAGGGUGAGUGGGGACUUAGAGCCAGUCAGACCCCAGUUGGAGUCCCAACUUUGUCACUUCCGGUGUGUGACCCCCACGCUCAACACCCCCAACUCUGCAGCCUGCAAUUCUUCAGCUGGGGAAGAGAAAUAAUAACCCUGCUUGUGCUGUGGCCCUGCAUCUUCCCAGGUGACCACGCCGGCCUCAGGACAUGCACGGGCACAGCCGCAACGGGCAGGCCCACGUGCCCCGGCGGAAACGCCGCAACCGCUUCGUCAAGAAGAACGGCCAAUGCAACGUCUACUUCGCCAACCUGAGCAACAAGUCGCAGCGCUACAUGGCGGACAUCUUCACCACCUGCGUGGACACGCGCUGGCGCUACAUGCUCAUGAUCUUUUCCGCGGCCUUCCUUGUCUCCUGGCUCUUUUUUGGCCUUCUCUUCUGGUGUAUCGCCUUCUUCCACGGUGACCUGGAGGGCAGCCCGGCGGCGCCCUCGGCGGGGGGCCCGGCGGGCAGUGGCGGGGCAGCCCCCGCGGCCCCCAAGCCCUGCAUCAUGCACGUGAACGGCUUUCUGGGCGCCUUCCUGUUCUCGGUGGAGACGCAGACGACCAUCGGCUACGGGUUCCGGUGCGUGACGGAGGAGUGCCCGCUGGCAGUCAUCGCGGUGGUGGUGCAGUCCAUCGUGGGCUGCGUCAUCGACUCCUUCAUGAUUGGCACCAUCAUGGCCAAGAUGGCGAGGCCCAAGAAGCGGGCACAGACGCUGCUGUUCAGCCACCACGCGGUCAUCUCGGUGCGCGACGGCAAGCUCUGCCUCAUGUGGCGCGUGGGCAACCUGCGCAAGAGCCACAUCGUGGAGGCCCACGUGCGGGCCCAGCUCAUCAAGCCCUACAUGACCCAGGAGGGCGAGUACCUGCCGCUGGACCAGCGGGACCUCAACGUGGGCUACGACAUCGGCCUGGACCGCAUCUUCCUGGUGUCGCCCAUCAUCAUCGUCCACGAGAUCGACGAGGACAGCCCGCUCUACGGCAUGGGCAAGGAGGAGCUGGAGUCGGAGGACUUCGAGAUCGUGGUCAUCCUUGAGGGAAUGGUGGAGGCCACGGCCAUGACCACCCAGGCCCGCAGCUCCUACCUGGCCAGCGAGAUCCUAUGGGGCCACCGCUUCGAGCCCGUGGUCUUCGAGGAGAAGAGCCACUACAAAGUGGACUACUCUCGCUUCCACAAGACCUACGAGGUGGCAGGCACGCCCUGCUGCUCCGCCCGGGAGCUGCAGGAAAGCAAGAUCACCGUGCUGCCCGCCCCGCCGCCCCCGCCCAGUGCCUUCUGCUACGAGAACGAGCUGGCCCUCAUGAGCCAGGAGGAAGAGGAGAUGGAGGAGGAGGCGGCAGCCGCUGCUGCCGUGGCCGCGGGCCUGGGCCUGGAGGCGGGCUCCAAGGAGGAGGCGGGCAUCAUCCGAAUGCUCGAGUUUGGCAGCCACCUGGAUCUGGAGCGCAUGCAGGCCACCCUCCCGCUGGACAACAUCUCUUACCGCAGGGAGUCCGCCAUCUGACCUCCAGGCCCAGCCCGCACCGCUGCCCACUCGAGCCUCUGCUGGGGGUGGGCGCCAGGACUCCCCUCGCACACUCAGGACAGAGCUGACCCUGGCUCCGUGGACCUUCCAGGGGAAGGUGGGGCCGUCAAAGACUGGGAGACCCCUUCCUGCGGACUCCAGAGCUCAGGCCGGGAAGGGCCCACCGUCCCUCCGCCGGGUCAGCCUGGUUCCCCAGCACCUCCCCAGGGCGGCUCUGCCCCAGACCCACCACCCUUUCCCCACCGACUCUUCAAGGACGCUCCCCCUUUAUUCCCAGAACUCGGGGAAGGCGGCUGGACUGCUGGGGGGCAUCUUGGGGUUCUAGGGUGGGCAGGGGCUUAGUUUGGGGGAGGGAGGGGGGUGCGUUUCUUUUGCAUGACUGUGGCCUGUUGCUUAUGACUUUCUUUUGUAAAUAUCUAUAAAUGGAGAGAGACGGAGACACCAAAUUCACCUUCUGCCAUUUCUACCUGCAGGACAAGGAGAUGCAGCCCCUCUGUGCACCCCACCCCUCCCCACCUGGCAAGCCUAGCCCCUCCCCUGCCCAGCCAGCUGGCCCCUUGAGGCCCUCAAAGCCAGCCACCUUGGCCCUUGGACGGUGUUAGGCUUGGGUGGAGAGUUGGGACCCCGAGGGCCAGGAUGAGGGCCUGUCCCUUCCUGCAGCCCCUCUGGGAUCCCAGGCCCAGCCAGAUUGACAAUGGAGUUUGUAAUUAUAUAUUUUUAAUAAAGUAUAUGGUCCAAUAGGGUA